AUGGCAACUACACAUGGAUAUAAUAAUAGUAGUUCUGACGACUCAUCAUAUCAAUCAGCUCCAACAUCCAUGCCCAUGCCAAAUUCUUAUUUCCCAACCAAUUCUUUCACAGCAAAUCCUGGAAUAACAGGUCAUGACCCAUCAAAAUUGAAUACGCAUUUAGAUGAUUAUAACACACGUAAAAGACCUAGUAUAUAUCGAUUUAUUGCAAGAUUUAUUCAAUUAAUAGCAAAUAUUGGAACUUUUGUCUUUAUACUUUGCGCACCUAUCUAUUCAAAACAAGGUAAACCGGAUUUCAUUCCGCAAAAUUUAGUCGUUGGCAUAUAUAUUGUCUCAAUUGUAUCAAUAUUGGUAUCACUUGGCUAUUUGAUAUUUUACGGUGUUAGAAGAUUUCGUACCAAGACUAAAAAGCUUUCUCGUUGGAUCUUGCUUUUAGUUGAUGGUAUUUUUGGAGCAAGUUAUGGAUUGUUGAUGGUAUUUUCAAUAAAAGAUACUAGAUGUGGAAUUGGUCAAGAAAAUGGAUGGUAA